AGUAUUUUUGUGGUCACACUGGUUGCUUGUCUGCACAACUGUUGCAUUUUCAAUUUGUUUAUCUUUGAUCUAAUUUAAUUAAUAAUCAAUAGCACUGUGAAGUGGCUUUGCAACUAUGGCGGAGGCGGCAAAUGUACGCCAGAAUCUACAAAAUGUGCCCUCAAUAUUUGAAAUAUCCGCCGCCGAGACCCUGGACAACCUUAUCUAUCCAGCACUGAGCAAAGUUUUUGAUUACUUCGGUCUACGUUUGGACUUUAAGCUCUGGGGCAACUUGAGGGUGCGUGAGGAGCUAUCGCCGGUUGUGACAUGGAUACUGCAGUAUUUAUAUCUACGCAAACGCGCAUCCUCCUUCGGUGAGAGCUUCUAUGGCCUACAACGCACAGCAACCGCAACUGGAGAACUUUUAACCCGCCACCAGCAAUUCACAUCAGCAACGCUGCUAACGCUCCUUCCCUACCUGGAGCGCAGACUGCGGGCACGAAGUGCACAACAUGAGGACACCUAUGCCUGGGAGCAGCAUCUCAUAAAGAUGUUCCAUGUAUACAACGCCUCCAAGGCAGUGCACACAUUUCUCUACCUAAUCAAAUAUGCAGCGAGUCAUUCGCCACUAUUUCGAGCACUUCACCUGACCUUACGCUAUCCAAGUGUCCCACCCGAGGAGGAUAAGUGGACGUACAUCUUCCUCAAAAUGCUAGAGGUCGUUGCCUUCUUUCUGCAAUUCAUACAAUGGUGGUACUCGAAUGAUCAGCGUAGGAAAGUUGGAGGCACCCUACAAAAUCCCGAAGCGUUGUGCACAGAAGAGAAGCAAACGUUAAAGAGCGGCGAGUGUCCAGUGUGUCUGAUGCAGCUGCAGACGCCCACAGCUUGUGCUGUCUCUGGUUAUGUCUACUGCUGGAAGUGCAUUGUCAGUCAUCUAAAGAGAGAGCCAAGUUGUCCUGUGACCAAAUAUCCCAUUAGCAUCGAUGAUCUUGUGCGCAUUUAUGAGACGUAG